AUGCAGAAGAGUAGAUUGAAAGAAAUAAAUAUAAGAGAUAUUAGUUUAGAACCGUCUGCGGCACUAAUUGAUCUUCGAUAUGGACUGAAUCCUUUGGAGGGGAACAUAUGUACUGUCGGGUCUAACUCAGUUACUUCUAACUCUUCAAUUGAUAUUGGACUUGGCAAUACAGGAGGUGCAGGUUUAGAUAGUAUCCCAUCAAUUGAUUCUGCUUUUAAUUGGAAUGCAGUGUUUGGUUCAUCUUUUGGUUCCUUCUCUUGCAUUGCUGAUCACUCUUGUGCAGAAAAUUACAGGAAACUAAGAAGCAGCAACAGUGAAGAAAGUUCACAGAUUCCUUUCUGGAUCUACGCUGUUGGAGGAUGGUUGCAGCAGAAUUUUCAUGCGACUGGAGCUGCACCAAACACGGGAUUGCCUCGAUUUGAGCGAUCAUAUGCUCAAGGCACAGGUCCUGCCUGGAAUGGUCAAUUGGUUCUACAACAGCAGCCUUCUUCACCUGUCUAUGGUGCUCAGAGAAGUGGCUUGCUACCACCACCACUCUGGGAAGUACAGGCGCCAGACUCUAGCCCAGUUGCGGGUGCUCAAUAUCCUCAAUCAAUGGUUACUCAAGUUAGUGUAACACAUGGCCAACCUCAAGGACCUCAACAUAUGAGAAGUGAUCAGAUGGUGGGUAUGUACAUUCAGCCAAUCACAACCAGUCAUUUGUCAGCAAUUAAUAACAAGGCUGUUCAGGGAAACUGGUUUGCUGGUUUUCAUCCUCAAUCAGUUCUGGGAGCACAGUAUAUGGACAUACUUUCACAGCAAAUGGCUUCUAUGUAUCCGUAA